CAGGACUGGUGACGACUUGUGGUUGAUUGUCAACCCUUUCUCCGUCGACGUGGCCUGCGCGUCUACCGAGGACGCUCGGAGGCUGGUCAUGGUGGCCCAGCAGAUCUACAAGAGAGGGGCGUCGAUCAUAUCGCCGGCGAGGGACUGGCGCACGGUGGUUGCCAUCGAAGGCAACCAGCGGCUGGAUAUGCCAUUCGCCAUGUCCGGGCAGCGGGUCUACAACGGCUCUCUGCGCGCUCUGGCGGACGUGGUCAACGCGAAGCUUGAGAAGAACUGGGCGUGGAUGGACCAGUUCCUCGAGACGCUCCGCCGCGAGCUGUGAGACCCGCCGCCCCCCCCCCCCUGGGCGCCGCGGACCGGGCGGCGCGGCCGCUGGUCGGUGGGCCCUCUCCCCACUCGGGGGUUCGCAGCUGGUUGUACCCCACCUUUACCCCUCCCCGACCCGCGCGCCCUCGCCAGGGGGAACGUUUCCGCGCCGGCAGGGUCCCAAAACAGGGCGGAUGUGCUCCAGCUGCCACAGCCUCCCGAGCCGCCCUGCUCCGCUCAUGUUGCGCCGCUGCUUGGCGGCCAGCCCCCCCCCUCCAGGGAGCUGGCCGCCUAACUGCCCGCCCGCAGGGCAGGAAGGCGGCCGACACUAUGCGUACCAUGAUCAACCGAAAGCAGACGCUUCUGAAUUGGACUCCUCCCCAAGAGGGGCCGAAGCACGCGUCGUGGCCUCGCCUGAGGCUCUGGUCCACGCAAGGCCAGCCUCAACGAGGCCGAACUGGUCCAACACCUGCUCAAGAGAGGCGAAGUCCUGCGGAGCAGAA